UCGCUCACUUUCCCUGGCAAGAAAAUCACAGAAACAGAAUCAGGGCUAAGCAACAGAAUAUCCAAAUCCACACUAUUUCUAGGGUUUGUUUUACUUUGCCAGAUCGCCUGCAUAUAUAAAUAUCACACCUUCACUUGACUAGAUCUUUUAGCUCUGCUGCUUCUUCCAUUCGUAGUCGCCCCUCUUUCUUCCACUGUCUCGUGUCCGCCUCCUCCUCUUACUCUGUCACCAAUGGCCGUCACUUUUUCAGAUCUCCACACUGAAUCAGGCCUCAAGUCCCUCGAUGGUUUUCUUGCUGGAAAAUCUUAUAUUUCUGGGGCAAAACUCUCAAAGGAUGACAUAAAGGUAUACGCUGCCGUCUUGGCGAAGCCUGGAGAUGCCUUCCCAAAUGCCAGUAAGUGGUACGACUGCGUAACUUCACAUCUUGCCGCAAGCUUCCCUGGGAAAGCUGUUGGUGUAAGAAUCGGCGGCAAAGCUGCUGCUCCAGCUGAAGCUGCUGGCCCUGCUAAGGAGGCUGCUGCUGAUGGAGAUGAUGAUGACUUGGAUCUCUUUGGUGAUGAAACGGAGGAAGAUAAGAAGGCAGCGGAGGAAAGGGAGGCAGCUAAAAAGUCUGCCAAGAAGAAAGAGAGUGGAAAAUCUUCUGUUCUUAUGGAUGUGAAGCCUUGGGAUGACGAGACAGAUAUGAAGAAGUUGGAGGAGGCCGUACGGAGUGUUGAGAUGCCUGGUCUCCUGUGGGGAGCAUCAAAACUGGUUCCAGUUGGUUAUGGCAUCAAGAAAUUGCAGAUCAUGCUCACCAUUGUGGAUGACCUUGUAUCUGUGGAUGACCUCAUAGAGGAGCAUCUGACAGCUGAGCCUUGCAACGAAUACGUUCAGAGCUGCGACAUUGUUGCCUUCAACAAAAUAUAAGAACAAAGCUGAAUUUUGUUAUAUUCUACUGAUUCUAGCGUUAUAGCCAUUUUUGGCAUCUUUAGUUUGUCUGUCAUUUUCUUUUUGAUUGGUUUCUACUGUCAGCAUUUUCCCAUGGUUCUGCUUAUGUUUUUUUAGAUUGGUGAGAGUUGGAAAGAUUUAUCACUUGAAAUACCUGCCAUUGUCUUCAGCUGAGUGACCCGGCUCCUCUUUUUCCCCUUCACAAGGUAUUCCCCUCCUGCUAAAUGGCCACUGUACUGAUGGUGAAUGAGAACAAGACUUGGUAUC